AUGACUCUAUGGCGUCGUCCACGGUCACCAGAAUGGACCGAUGUAGACCAGCGUUUUGAAGAGAUGUCGCGACGAAUUGACCGAGCCUUGGAUGAGUGUCGACAAGACAUGCGCCGAUUUGAAGAGAGUUUCUUCCCGGCAGCCAGAUACGGUGAAGCGCAGAAGGUGAUUUUUAUAUCAAAAUCGAAAACCUUUCUUGAAUUAUAAUU